GCCGCCGCGAAAUCUUCGCCUCCGAUUUUCUUCUCUUCUCUUCUUCUUCUUCUUUCCCUUCUCUUCUCCGCCGCCGACGACCGAAUAAGGAGAGUAGAGGAGAGAGAGAGAGAGACAGAGAGAUGGCUGCGGCGGCGCGUCUCCUCGCGCGUAUCUCGAGGCAGGGCGUGGCCUCGGCCGCGGCGGCGAGGCGGCAGGCGGAAGCGGCGGCGCUGCUCGGCGCUUCGGCGGGGCGGCACUUGGCCCCGCCCUGCUCUUCGAUCAAGGCCUUGCCUCUGCUGAAUCAGCCGAGGCUGUACUCAACUUCAACCUUUCAAAGGUUUGGGUUUUCAUCUUCUGCUCCCCAGCAAGAUGAUAAGGCAGCAAAUAAACAGACAGAGGAUGGAGUUAAUAAAAGCACUCAAUCUGAAGCUUCAAAUGAAACCAAUAGUUCUCCUGGAACCGAGAAUGCAUCUCAAGCAGGUUCACAAGAUUCUGUGCCCCAAUCUAACAGGAGGAGGAGAGGUACUAAACGAACUGCAUUUUCUGAUUCAGAUACAGAAGACCUUGACCUGUCAAAGGAGGACCUGACAAAGCUAGUUCUGGAGAAAGAAGAAUUGUUGAAAUCUAAGGAUGAAGAAGUUAAAGACAUGAAGGAUAAAGUUUUGCGCAGCUAUGCAGAGAUGGAGAACGUCAUUGCGAGAACAAAGCGUGAAUCAGAUAAUGCAAAGAAGUAUGCAGUACAGGGCUUCUCCAAGAGCUUGUUAGAUGUUGCAGACAAUUUAUCUAGGGCAUCAUCUGUUGUAAAGGAGAGCUUCUCAAAGAUAGAUACAUCUAAUGAAUCUGCUGAAGCAGUGAAGCUACUAAACACCCUAUUAGAGGGUGUUGAGAUGACCGAAAAGCAACUUGGGGAGGUCUUCAAGAAGUUUGGAGUGGAAAAGUUUGAUCCACUUAAUGAGAAAUUUGAUCCAAAUAAGCAUGCUGCGCUUUUCCAAAUUCCUGAUCCUUCAAAACCAUCAGGAACUGUUGCGGCUGUUGUGAAGGUGGGCUACAUGCUACAUGAUCGUGUUCUCCGUCCUGCGGAAGUUGGUGUCACUGAAGGUGGUCCAAUUGAAGAGGAGCCGGAGGAGAAAUCUGACAAGUCAGAUUAAGUUAGAUAUCGACUUGUCCUUCAGGGAUUUUUCUAGGCAGCCAGACAAGUGCUUCGCACUUGCAUGAAAACAUUACGGUUCUUUGGAACUUCGAAGGGCAUGGCAGACACAGUUUUGCACUAAUGUAUCAACCGAUCAACAAUUUUCCCGUUUUAGUUGGAUAAGCCGAUCCAUAGGUUACUUGUUUCAAGGAUAUUUGUAAUACGAAAUGCCAUUUUGCUGUGAUGAGCGUCUUCUUUUUACCUUUCUGUUUGAUAUAAUUUAGUGCAGACUCCGUCCCUUUCUAUUGAUCCAGGCAUAUCCAGCCAUCACUGUGUAAUAAAAAAAAAGCCAUGUCCAUGUGUACGCCUGAAAUGGCAAUUUGUAGUCAAAUUUCUCUCUCCUUA